AUGAGGAUCCAUUACCUUCUCUUCACUUUUCUCCUGGUGCUGCUGUCUCCACUUGCAGCUUUUAGCCAAAAAGUCAACAGGCCAUUAAUUUGCCGUCGGAAAGGAGGCAAAUGCUAUCCUAGGUCUUGCCCUGACACUACUCAUCCAAUUGGAAAUUGUGCAGUUUUUUUCAAAUGCUGCAAUAGACAAUAG